AUUAACAGAAGAAUAGAGUUUCACUAGGAACAAUAGAUUUCACUUUAACUAGAUGACACAACAGAUAUGCCAUGCAGAGUUGCAAGCUGUCCCCCUUCAGUAUGUGAGACAUGAUGUAGCCAUGCAGAUUCGUAAUAUGCUGUUUCUUUAUUCCCACGGUGGAGGCGGAUGGAGUGGUAGUGAUGGUGGUUAGGAGUCUGACAAAAGCUUCCACCCCCGAGUUUCGCAAGCAUGAUUAUCAUUGGCAAGAUGCAUUUUUAUGACUCCAGUCUGCCUCAGGUCAUGACCGUCCUGAUAAAUGCAGAUUUUCAGAGAUCCUUUUCAAAUGACCAAUCAAUAACACUCUGUUUCAUAGAUCAACUCCUUCUAGUGAAAACACCCAGCUUUCAGCAUCACCAAACUAUCCACAGAGCUUUCCAGCUUUCAGACUUUUCUUUAGUCAGCUUCUUGUCGAAAUCCUGACCGCUUCCCGAGAGAGAUUUACUUCUCCUCACAAGAAUUCAGUAUGCUCUGAUACUGACUGCAAACUGUAACCCAAACCUCCCACAUAGUUUCUGUUUUCUUUAUUUUUUAGCAAUAUCAGCCAGGGUUUAACUUCUAAGAAAUGGUGUCGCAACCAAGUAAUCCACCUACCCCUCUUUUUCAGAACUCUCUUUAGUAUCGCUUUGAUUUAAAAGGAUAUUUCAAAAAUACAAGUUUAUUUUUGCAAAAUUCAGUAUUCACCACCUUAAGAUCCUGUUCCAUCUAUCCUGUUGCCACUUUCUUCUCCAGUGAAAAUAAACCUGAGUCUGUGAUUCACCAUGCACCCCAGUCUGUUACCAGGAGUUGGGAAAUCUGGUUAACAGUGAAGGUUGGUUUACGGACAUGGUCAGGGUUAUUGUAACUCCAUAGAGGAUGUAUUCCAUAGUUUGUUAAUAACUUCUGUAAGUACUUUGUUGCCACUUGCACCAUCAAAAUGCUGAUUGCAAACUGACCAUGCAUGACCUCCUUCACUAAUGUUUUCCUUCUUUUAAAAUUCUACCGCAACCACAGACAAAUGCACUGUUUCUUCAAUGCUGUUGGCAGGCUGCCCAAGAACACCUGAGGAAGAGGUGCAUGCAUAAGAUCCAAAUUCAGAGAGGCAAUGCUUAUGGGACUUGGGUGCCAUUCUAAGUUGGUUGCAAAUGUGCAUCUUAAGAACAAUUUUCCUUGCAAGGUUAUGAGCUGACCUGUGAUGUUGGACAAUGCAACUCUCUGCCCAACUGACCUCAUAAUCAUCGCUGUGUUGCAUCAUGGACAAUGUCAAAGUAGCCUUCAGGAGUAGCCAGCAGCAUCAUGAAUGCCUCUGUGUGAUACUGGCCUGAUAGAGAAUCCGACAACAUGCUGAAAGUGGACCAGAUCAUGAGCCCGAUGAAGAUGAGCCUGGUGGACGUCAGUAAAAUCUUCUCGAUGCUUCAGCCCCGAAAUCAAGAUGACAAUGUGGAAGUCAAUCAGAUUAACCAAGCCAUCUCCAGAAACGAUGCCACACUUUUGUCUGAGCUCUUGUCCCAGGAGAGGUACGCCCAGUUCAUCAAUAAUCGGAGUGGCUGGGGGGUGCCGGGCACUCCUUUGCGUUUGGCAGCCUCCAAAGGCCACGUGAGCUGCCUGGAAAUCCUCCUGAGGUACGGCGCUGAGGUGGACAGUUUAGAUGUGAAAGCUCAGACCCCUCUGUUCACAGCUGUGAGUGGUAGGCACUUGCACUGUGUCCGGGCUCUGCUAAGAGCAGGGGCCAAUCCAAAUGGGAGUAUCUACAACAACUGCUCGCCGGUGCUAACUGCUGCCAGAGAAGGGGAUAUGGAUAUUCUGCAAGCGCUGCUGGAGUAUGGGGCUGAAGUUAACGUGCGCUCCAAGGUGCCAGAAUGGGCAUCAAAUGCUUGUGCCUGUAGCGGCCCACUCUACCUGGCCUCAGUUUAUAGACACUACGAAUGCUUCCGGCUGCUCCUCUUGUAUGGGGCUGACCCUGAUUUCAACUGCACAGAGCAAAGACUCUUAGCAAAGAUCAAACAGCCAAAGACGGUUCUGGAAAUGUGCCUCAGGUACGGUUGUGGGCCUCAGUACAUCCAGCUGCUCAUAGACUUCGGAGCAAACCUUUAUCUGCCAGGCCACAGUCCGGUGAAAAAUACACAGCAGAACAAAGCUGCCGAGCUUCUAGCACGAGCCACAGCUCAGCCAAGAUCGUUGAUGUCACUCACCAGAAUGGCAAUCCGUAAAUCCCUCAAACUCCUAAGUGGGCUACAGUCCAUUGACCAACUGGACAUACCGCUAAUCCUAAGGAAGUAUUUGAAGCACCAGACCUGAGGUGGAUAGACAACAAGGUUGUGUGGAUCUGUAUAAGUAGGUACGCACUCACUCCACCCUUCCCUACCUUGCAGCAGAGAGGAGGGAGAGCCAACUGUACCAGCAGCAAGAUUCCAUCCCCACCGCAACCCUUUUGUACUCCUGCAGCUUCGUUGUAAUUGGCCCAAGCAUCUGAUUACAAGUAGAAUUCCUUAAUCCACUCUAUGUAGUAAGUUAUUCCAUAAGUCAUAGUAAAGGAAGAUGUACAAAAAAUGCUGUAUUCGCAACAUAAAUUUCAAAAAGCUUUGCAAGAAACUUACUUGCUCGUGGGAA